AUGGCGGCGGCAGAGGGACCCUCCUUCUGGCUGGGCAAGGAGACGCUGAAAGUGCCUGUGGCCCUCUUUGCCUUGAAUAGAAGACGGCUGUGUGAUCGCCUGCGGCGCAACAACCACAUCCAGAAGAAUUCUCUUGUGCUGCUGCAGGGGGGAGAAGAAGCCCAGAGAUAUUGCACAGAUACUGGCAUUGUCUUUCGCCAGGAAUCUUACUUUCACUGGACAUUUGGAGUCACUGAAGCAGGCUGCUUUGGAGCAGUAGAUGUUGAUACUGGAAGAUCCAUGCUCUUUGUUCCACAACUGCCUGAGAGCUAUGCAGUCUGGAUGGGAAAGAUUCACCCCCCAGAGUUCUUCAGGAAGAAGUAUGCUGUGGAUGAGGUGCACUACGUGACCGAGAUCUGCAGUGUCCUGACUUCGAAGAAGCCUGCCGUGCUGCUCACCUUGCGUGGUGUCAACACUGACAGUGGCAGUGUCUCCAGAGAAGCGUCCUUCGAGGGCAUCAGCCAAUUUAAUGUGAACAACAAAAUCCUCCAUCCUGAGAUUGCAGAAUGUCGUGUGAUUAAGACAGACAUGGAGCUGGAAGUCCUGCGCUACACCAAUAAAAUCUCCAGUGAAGCUCAUAAAGAGGUAAUGAAGGCAGUAAAAGCAGGCAUGAAAGAAUACGAGCUGGAGAGCCUGUUCCAGCACUACUGCUACACUCGUGGUGGCAUGCGGCACACCUCCUACACUUGCAUCUGUGGCAGUGGGGAGAACUCCUCUGUUUUGCACUAUGGCCAUGCUGGAGCCCCAAAUGACAGGACUAUUGAAGAUGGAGACCUGUGCCUGUUUGACAUGGGAGGAGAGUACUACUGCUAUGGCUCCGACAUCACCUGCACCUUCCCCGCCAGCAGCAAGUUCAGCCCUGCCCAGAGGGCCAUCUACGAGGCCGUGCUGAGGGCGUCACGAGCCGUGAUGGCAGCAGUCAAGCCAGGGGUGGCCUGGCCUGAUAUGCACCGUCUGGCUGACAGAGUCCAUCUGGAGGAGCUGACUAAAAUUGGCAUCCUGAAAGGCAAUGUGGAUGACAUGGUGAAGGUUCAUCUGGGUGCAAUAUUUAUGCCACACGGGCUUGGACAUCUACUUGGAAUCGAUGUGCACGACGUUGGAGGCUACCCAGAGGGCGUGGAGCGCAUCGAGGAGCCUGGGCUGAGGAGCCUGCGCACGGCCCGCAGGCUGCAGCCAGGCAUGGUGCUGACCGUCGAGCCGGGCAUCUACUUCAUCGACCCCCUGCUGGACCAGGCCCUGCGUGACCCUGCACAGGCCUGCUUCAUCGACAGCCAGGUCCUGCAGCGCUUCAGAGGUUUCGGUGGGGUGCGGAUCGAGGAUGACAUCGUGGUGACAGCCAGCGGGAUGGAGCUGCUGACCUGUGUUCCACGCACCGUGGAGGAGAUUGAGGCUUUCAUGGCAGAAGGUCGGAGCGGAGCCAAGGCCUUCAAUGGCCUCUCCAGUCCCAGGCAGUAG